AUGAGCAACGAGAUCGUCCACCCCACCAUCAAAGAUGGCUGGUUCCGCGAAAUCUCCGACAUGUGGCCUGGCCAGGCCAUGACCCUCAAGGUCGAAAAGGUCCUCCACCACGAGAAGAGCAAGUACCAGGAUGUCUUGAUCUUCAAAUCCACCGACUACGGCACUGUCUUGGUGCUCGAUAAUGUCAUUCAGGCCACCGAGAGGGACGAGUUCUCAUACCAGGAGAUGAUCACCCACCUUGCCAUGAACUCUCACCCAAACCCCGAGAAUGUUCUGGUCAUUGGCGGUGGUGACGGAGGUGUGCUCCGCGAGGUCGUCAAGCACAAAUGCGUCAAGAAGGCUGUCCUUUGCGACAUUGACGAGGCUGUCAUUCGUCUUUCCAAGCAGUACCUCCCUGGUAUGGCCGUCGGCUUCGACCACCCCAAUGUCGAGGUCAUCGUUGGCGACGGCUUCAAGUUCCUUGAGGACAAGAAGAACCAGUUCGAUGUCAUCAUCACCGACUCCAGCGACCCGGAAGGCCCUGCCGAGGCCCUCUUCCAGAAGGCCUACUUUGAGCUCCUCAACGGUGCUCUGCGCGAAGGUGGUGUCAUCACCACUCAAGGUUCCGAAAACCAGUGGCUGCACAUGCCCCUUAUCAUCAACCUCAAGAAGGCGUGCAGGGAGGUCUUCCCCACCGUCGAGUAUGCCUAUACCACCAUCCCGACCUACCCCUCCGGCCAGAUCGGCUUCAUGGUCUGCUCCAAGGACCCCAACCGCAACCUCAAGAAGCCCCUGCGCACUUGGUCCGAGGAAGAGGAGGAGAAGCUGUGCAAGUACUACAGCAAGGAGAUCCACGAGGCGUCAUUCGUUCUUCCCGUCUUCGCCCGCAAGGCCCUCCGGUGA